AUGGCCGGUGACAAUGGAAACACCGACUCUCCCGAGUCGCAGCGGCCAUCUGGGACGACAGGCAGCGAUAACCCCCCCCUCGGACACUCUGCCUUCAAUGAGAUCCACUGCGUCGGUACCCUGGAUUCGUAUUCCUUUGAAAAUAACCCUGACGCGCACCCUGAUGACGGCCAAGGGGAGAGUUCGAAUCGUGCCUUCACUUCCCAGCCGUUCACUACACCAGAUAAACCUCGAAAACCCUCCGUGACGCGUCGUAUGUCGUCCAAGCGCCAGAUACCCCACAAAGGACAGGGGUUCUCGACCGAUGACGAUGUUAAAGAGGUCGAAGAGGACAUCGCUAUGCAGCAAGCCACAACCACGCAGCCUUCUCCACGUAUACGGCCGAUGCGAAUCCAGAGCUCUACCUUGCGACGACGUCCCAGUGCCCGACCAAGUCCGCUAGUGAAAGCCGACUCGGACAAUUACAGCGAAGAUGAGGCCGGCUUGCCUGAUCCCGGUCUGGGCACACAGGGCGAAGCUCAUAUCAAUGAAGAAAGUGAGGAAGGGAGUGAUGAUCAUUCUGAAGAGACGGAUGAUGAUGAUGAUGAUGGGGCAACCAGUGAUGCCGAGAGCUUUACACUGAAAGACCGACAGCAAGCGAUCAACGAGACGCAUCCAUUUGGAAUUCGCAUUUGGAAACCCGCCUUGUACAAGAAGAGUCGCUCUGUGGAGAAGACAGCAGAAGGCGAUAUUCACUCGUCGCCAGGGGGUCGCGUCAGUCCCAUUUUAUUCCUAACGAACCUCUUGUGGUCCUUGUUCUUUGGAUGGUGGCUAGCCCUUGCCGCCCUACUCGCUGCAGUUGCUUGCUUUUUAUUCGCCUACUCCUCAAGUGCCGUGGCUUAUGGCAGGGUGUUUGCAGGUCUCUCGCGUUACCUACUUUACCCGUUUGGGUCAUUCGUUCUUUUGGAGACGGACGAGCAUUAUGCGGAAGAAGACGAGGGCGAAGGUCGCAGCAUCAGCGAGUAUGAACAAUGGCAGAACGGCGACCUGGAGCAUGGUCGACUCUUCUUUGGGCCCCGCCGGGACCGCUCUCUCCUCGGCCGACGACGCAACAGUGUCGAUUCUGCCGGCGAACAAGACAGCCUACUGGGUCGACCUCAGCGCGGACAAAGCCCCGAUGCCCACUUCGCUCACUCUAAGCGUCGUCUAUUUGGCCGCGGUGAAUGGACAUUGGGUCGCGUCGUGUUCUUUAUCUUCUUCUAUUUCCUAGUGGGGCCCUUGAUGCUCACGGUAUCACUGGUCUGCUGGCUGCUCGUCUUCUGGAUCCCGAUGGGCCGCACGACCAACAUCCUGGUGAGCCAUCUACGGCGGCAUCCUCUGGCCUUGUCGUUUCAUUCUGAUACCACAUACUCCCGACUGAGCACCACUUCCUCGUCUUCCAUCCUCCUAUGCACCUACCGAGCUGCAGGGACACGUUACUGGAAGUAUACCGUCGAUGGAACGAAUAUCUUCUUGAUCAACCUGCUCGGGGUUGUUGUAUUCGUGAUUGUUGACUAUUAUCUUCUGGGGAGAUUCCUGGGUCUGCAGACCUGGCUGACGCACCCUGGCUUGAUCUUCACUCUUGCUUUGUUCUCCAUCAUUCCUUUGGCCUACUUUAUUGGGCAAGCCGUUGCUUCGAUAUCCGCCCAGUCGUCGAUGGGAUUGGGGGCUGCCAUCAACGCCUUUUUUUCAACUGUCGUAGAAGUAUAUCUUUACUGCGUUGCCUUGACUGAGGGUAAAGCCCAGCUUGUUGAAGGUAGCAUUAUCGGAAGUAUCUUUGCCGGUAUUCUGUUCUUGCCCGGUCUUUCCAUGUGCUUUGGAGCUAUCAAGCGAAAGACACAACGGUUCAAUGUGAAAUCGGCCGGUGUGACUUCGACGAUGCUAUUAUUCGCCGUGAUCGCUGCCUUUGGGCCCACACUCUUCUACCAGGUUUAUGGCAGUCAUGAGUUGAACUGCCAUUCGUGUACUGGACCUAUUGGGUCCGAGGACCGAGACUGUCGUCGCUGUUACUUCUCGCAGACUGCAGCGAUCAACGACCAGUUCUUCCAAACUGCCGUACAGCCUUAUGCAUGGUUCGCCGCCGGCCUGCUCUUCCUAUCUUACAUCAUUGGCCUGUGGUUCACGCUUCGGACGCAUGCCGCUCUGAUCUGGCAGACGGAACUUGAGGAGAAGAAAGCUGCCCAGGCCGCCCAGGCAGCCCACGAGCAACUUUCUUACGAACCGCGUCAUUUGCUUUUCCCCAGUGGGCAACCCGAGGCUUCGGGUGCAGCUUCGGGACAGAAGGACUCGAUCCGCGAAUCGCAGUUGUAUAAGCGGAUUCUAGGCCAAUCCCUGAAACAUAUUGGUCUGGAGGACAACAACAUGGGCAACUAUGAACAUUCCGAAAGCGGGUCAAUGACGGAGAGCAGAGCCAGCAUCCCACACUUGGUCCCGCCACGUUCUGGAGGCGAGGACACUCGUCCGGCAGGGAAGAUUGCCCAGAAUCGCACUGGGGAAGAUAACGAGCGGCUGGUGCGCCAGGUGACCGAAGUGGCGGCAACGGCCGCCGCUGUAGCUGCUCGUGAUGCGGCUCGCAAUCGCAAGAUUUCCACCCAACAAGCUCCCGGACGUCAAGCUGGCCGUGCCACUGCGGAGACAGCAAAAAUCCUCGGAGAGGACGCGGAAAUGGAUGGGGGCAUUGCGGUGGAACCCACCCAGGGCGGCGGGCAUGAUGCACCAAACUGGAGCAAAGUCAAGAGCUCAAUCGUUCUCCUGGGGGCGACAGUUCUCUAUGCCGUGAUCGCCGAGAUCCUUGUCAACACGGUUGAUGUGGUACUGGAAAGCGUGGACAUCGAUGAGAAAUUCCUCGGCAUCACUCUCUUCGCCUUGGUGCCGAACACCACGGAAUUCCUGAAUGCCAUCUCAUUCGCAAUGAACGGCAACAUCGCGCUAUCGAUGGAAAUCGGGUCCGCCUAUGCGCUGCAGGUGUGUCUAUUGCAGGUUCCUGCUCUGGUUCUUUUCAGUGCCUUGUAUGGCCGUUUCAUUGAACCAUCCGAGCUCAUCAGCCACUCGUUCAAUCUGAUCUUCCCUCAGUGGGACAUGAUUUCCGUCAUUCUGUGCGUCUUCCUACUGUCGUAUGUAUACGGCGAAGGGAAGAGUAACUAUUUCAAGGGCUCUAUCCUCGUCCUCACCUAUCUCGUUGUUGUGGUUGGGUUCUAUCUGUCGGGAUACAACAACAUCGAAAACAUGGGUGUGAAUCGUUUUGACACGCUGGCUCUGGGGGCUAGCAGGUCGGAGAAGUUCUACACCAUCGGUCGAUCAACGGCUGGUGCGGCUUAUUAG